ACUAAAAUUUGAUUGGUUUACAAUAAAAUUACUAUUCGUUUUUGUGUGCGAUUCCAAAUCACAUAGAAAGUCAAAAAUAUUCUUGACAAAACAAAACUUGAACAGAACAAAACAGUAAACAAUAAAUUAUUUUGUCAGUGUCAGAGUGUCAGUGGUGUCAGUGCCGUUGUUGUCAGUAUAUUUUUCCGAUUUGUGUUGUUUUUGUGUCAAAAUUGAAUAUUUUCGCGAUUCGUAAAUAUCGGUCGUCAUCACGCGCGUAAAAAUAAAUAAUCGUGUAAAAGGUGUAUGUGAACUUUUUUCUUGACAUGGCUUCACUUUCUUUACCUAGAGUACUUCAUCCAAGGAAAACCAGCUUAGAGAUUGAAAGAGAAGUCUUUGAAAAAUCUCAGAUCUUGCAUGCAUAUUGAUAGACUUAACAACAAAUUUUUUUAAAAGCUAUUAGCAGAGUUGCAUGACCUUUAGGAGAGACAGCAUAACCCAAAAAUGGCGAAGGAGUAUACCUAUCGGGAUUUAGAGAAAUACGCUCAAGCGCUUCAGAAAGCUAUCAACAGUAACGAAACGCCAGUAAAACAGAAGCAUGUUCGCUCAGCAAUCAUCGGUACUUUCCACACACAAAGUGCCAAAAUAUUUUGGUCCUAUGCUCUUCGUCUUCCUGCCAUGGAUGACAGGAUCGUAGCUUGGAAGCUCUGUCACGUGGUUCACAAAGUGUUAAGAGAAGGACAUCCACUUUGCUUGGUGGAUAGUCAAAGGCAUAGAAAUGAUCUGGAUGAGAUUGGAAAGUUGUGGGGUCAUUUAAAAGAGGGAUACGGAAAGAUGAUCCGAUUGUAUACGUCUUUGUUAAUAUACAAGUUGGAAUUUCACAUGAGAAAUCCCAGGUUUCCUGGAAAUUUAGGAGUUACUGCUGAAGAGCUGGAGUCCAUCGCUGGAAAUGAUAUUAAUAAUUAUUUCGAGAUGACUGUUGAAAUGUUUGAUUAUUUGGAUCAUAUACUCGAACUUCAGGAAGCAGUUUUUGGUUCGCUGAAUAUGGCUAGAUCGAAUUCUAUGACCAGCGCCGGGCAGUGUCGUCUUGCUCCGUUGAUACCUUGUAUACUCGAUGCUUCGAAACUAUACGAUUAUUGUGUGAAGAUUAUGUUCAAAUUACAUAUGACUCUACCGCCCGAUACGCUCUCGGGGCAUAGAGAGAGAUUCCUCAAGCAGUUUAGAUUAUUGAAAAAGUUUUAUGAGAGCACCAGCAAUUUGCAGUAUUUUAAGGAGCUGAUUGCAAUACCGCCGUUACCUGAGGUAAUGGAUUUAGAAGAAGAUUUAAUUAAAUGUAUAUCUAUGAAAGAGUACGAAAAUAGCCAUGUUGUAGAACUAAAUAAUGGUAGCGCUAGUAAUUUUAACGAUGAUAGUAUUAGUGGUUCUGCUAGUAGUACUAACAAUACUAACACUAACAAUACUAAACAAUCUGAAGAUGAAAAUAAUCCCCCGAAUUUUCUAAUAAUGGGCGAUUUUAGAACCUAUGUUACCCAAGAAGUGAUAGUUCCCCAGGAACCAGAGCACGAAGAAGAGCCUCUAGUGGAAGGAAAUUUAAUUGAUACAACAGAAGAUACGACCGAGAUAGAUAAUGCACAAGCAAGAAAUGAAGCCAUGAUAUUGGCUGCUCAGGAAGAAUUGAUCAAGGAAAGAGAAUUUCUUCGUGGGCAAUGUGAAAAGAUGAGGCACGAGUUAAACGCCAUAAUGGCAAAAAAUGGAAGAGAUAUAUCAAAACUACAAGAUAAAAUAGUACAUUUGGAGACUGAACUUGCAACCAAAGAUAGUGAAUUAGUACAAGAACGUCAAGUGAAAGAAGAUCUCUUAAAUCAUUCGUUUGCUGUAGCACAAUCACAAGAUUCUGAACAAAAAGUAAAAAAUGAAAAAUUCGACAAACUUAAAGAGCUGUAUGUUAAGCUAAGAGAUGAACAUAUUCAAAAAAUUAGAGAGAAAGCCGAAGUAGAAAAGAAGUUGAUCGGUGCCUUGAAAAAUUUGGAACUACUAACUGAGCUAGAAUCGACAAAUGAAAAAUUACAGGAAGAUCAAAAACAAAAGUCGUCAGAACUCUCUGCUCUACAGAAAGAUAAGGAAUUGUUUAAUAUGGAAACCGAAAUACUCAAAAAAAGUGUGAUGGAUGCAUGCCGGGAAAAAGAUGGUAUAAAGAAUGAACUAGCAUUAGUAAUUCAGGAGAAGGAAGAAUUAAAGAAGAACUCUGAAGAGUUAUCAUACAAACUUCUGGACCUGGAAAGGCAACUAUCCAAAGAGCAAUCGGAUCUACAGAGAAAGAUUAAAGAAAUUGUUACUAAAUCGUUAGAAAGUAGCGAAGAUAUUCUCAGGCACGCAAUCGACGAGAUUGACAAUCCUGCAUUGACUGCACUUACCUGUUCUUCCGAUUACUUAAGAAGUUUAACGGAUGGAUGCAAGAGCUCAUUAGAAGAAAGUACGAAGAUUACGAGUAAUGAUUAUGUCAGCAUUGUAACUGUGGCGAACAGAAUUGCACAUAGACAUGCAACAUAUAUUUUACAAGGAAGGGCUACUUGCAACACGAGUCCCGAUAUAUCUUUUGGAGAAAAAGUGACUCAGGCAUGUAAAGAUUUAGGAAAAAUAGUGUUAAAACUUCUUACUUCCUUAAAACAAAAUGAAGACUCCGAACCUACAGCUAAUGAAGCCAAACAAAAAUUAGAGGAAUUAGCAGCUCUAGCAGACAGUAUAGGUGCUUCCCUGUUAGGCGAAAAGGCUGAGACUUUAGUAGAUAUGCUUGAAGAUGAGAUGAGUGCUAUGGACAAAGCAAUCGAAGAAGCAGCAAAUAGAAUACAGGAUAUGCUUACCACAUCUAGAGCUGCUGAUUCUGGUAUUAAAUUGGAAGUUAAUGAAAAAAUUCUGGACUCGUGUACAAAAUUGAUGCAAGCUAUUAGGAUAUUAGUUCAAAAAUCAAAACUUUUACAAGGAGAAAUUGUUGCUCAAGGGAGGGGUACAGCUAGUGCAAAAGAAUUUUACAAAAGAAAUCAUCAAUGGACCGAUGGAUUUAUUUCUGCUGCUAAGGCUGUGGCUGUAGCAGCAAAACUUUUAUUGACAGCAGCUGAUAAAGUAGUUCAAUCUAACGGCAAAUUGGAACAAUUGGUGGUAGCGGCUCAAGAAAUAGCUGCCUCCACAGCUCAGUUAGUAGUAGCCAGUCGAGUAAAAGCAGAUAGAAAUAGUAAUAACUUGCAACAGUUGACGCAGGCGUCUAAAGGAGUUACCACAGCAACAGGAACUGUUGUUGCUACUGUUAAAGAUUGCAGCGAACUUAUUGAUGAGUCAGAGGAAUACGACUUUUCCAAUCUAACUCUCCAUCAAGCAAAACGACUGGAAAUGGACUCACAAGUGAGAGUUCUCGAGUUAGAAAAAGAAUUGGAACAAGAACGUUACAGACUCUCUAGACUCAGGAAACACCAUUACCAAUUAGCAGGAGAAAACGAGACUUAAAUUAGCUUAAGUAUUGACAAUUUAAACUAAUAAUCGUUAUAUAACUAUUUAUUAAUGUAGAUAGUAAGGAUAUAAUCGUUGAAUGGAGAAAGUUCUUAAUAUUGAGGGGUUGAUAUAAUCACAUCAUUAAAUAAGGGAUUAAAAUUAAAUAGAAAAUAAUCCGUUACGAAGUUUAAUAAUCACAAAUUCCAUUUUGAUAUAACAAAUGAUUUCAUUAUUAUAAAUGAUUACUGUAUUUACUCAAACUGUUUUUUUUAAUAAGGAUUAAGAUUUUUUAAUACGGCUUGAUUCGAUGUUUUAUAUUUCUGCCUAGAUCUCAAUGCGAGGUUGAAUUCCUUUUUUUUUCUGUUUACAACUUAGAUUAUACCAAUAUUUAAACCUUUCCACAGAUUUUGACUCUCCCGCAACGUUUUCUUUGCCCUUUCUUUCCUAGUAUUUUCAGAAAUUUUAUAUUUAUUGAUUAUUCAUAUAUUCUCGCAAUCCUCGUUUCGACAUUGAAAUCAUCUGAUCUUAUGUCCUAUGCUCUCUUAUUAUUGCGUCGAUCGGUGUCAAAUUAAUUUUUUUAUUCACUUUCUUUAACUCCUCCAUUUUAACUAUCAAACAUUCAUCUCCAUAUAUUUCCUCAUUACUCUUACUUACUUUCUCCGUGGCGUUACAACCCUUCCUGGGUUUUAGUCGACUCAACAACAUGCCUCCACUCUUCUCUGUCUUGAGCAAUCUCCAUCCAGUUCUCCACGCCCAUAGCUUUCAGGUCUGCUGCUAUAUUAUCUCGGAUAAUAUAGAAGUUUUCAAAUAUACAAAUAAUGUAUAUUGUGUGUACAAAAUUAAUUCUGCGUGGGUCUUCUUCUCGAUGUGCCUAUCCAUGACGAAUGGUGGUGAUCAUCAUGGCAAACUUUAACUUCUCAGAAGUUGUGUUGAACCAGGUUCUGAGGUUCUUUAACCAGGAUGUUCUUCUUCCUGGAUCUCGCUUUAAAAAUAUUUUUACAUAACGUACCCGAAGUACGAGGUAUGACAAUUAAGUAAUGAGACUGAUUUUAUUGCCGUGCUCGUGGCAAACCUGCGACCUUCAAAUUCCUAUCCCCUUCCCCGGCAUCCUUUCCUCUUUCGAUUGAUAUAUUGACCAUCGCUCGAGCUUGUUUAGUUCGCCUGCGGUGUCGUGUUAGUAGACAAGUGUUAGUGGUGCUCGUCACGAAAAUGGAGAAACGAAAUCUAGAGCAACGCGUCGCGAUAAAAUUUUGCGCCAAAUUGGGCGAAACAGCUUCGGAAACGUACGCUAAAAUUGUAAAAGUGCAUGGUGAUAGUGCUCUUAGUCGUGCCCAGGUAUUUCGAUGGCAUAAAGAGUUUCAGGAGGGGCGUGAAAGUGUGGAAGACGAGGGGCGGAGCGGGAGACCAAUCGAGGUGCGGACUGAUGCAAAUGCGCAACGUGUGCGGGCCCUAAACCAUAAAGAUCGGCGUUUAACAGCCGUUAAUCAAGUUUACUAUCGCCAAGUACUCGAAAGAUUGUGAAAACGAGUCAACAGGGUGCGCCCAGACAUUGCUCACAACUGGAUCCUCCAUCACGACAACGCGCCGUGCCACACCGCUCUCAGCGUGUCCCAGUAUUUGGCCUCUAAAGGAUCGCCGUGUUGCAACAGCCGCCUUAUUCGCCCGAUAUGUCACCUUGUGACUUUUUUCUGUUCCCUAGAACAAAAUCGAUGGUCAAAGGAACCCAUUUUGAGUCGAUUACGGACAUCCAAGCGGCCGUGACGAGGGUACUCGCGGACAUCCCAGUCUAAGCGUUCCAGAAAUGUUACGAAGCGUGGAAAACGCGCUGGAAUCGUUGUAUAGCUGCCCAAGGGGACUACUUUGAAGGGGAUGGCAGAGUUGUAGAAUAAUUUAGAAAUAUACGAUUUUCAUGGAAUCAGUCUCAGUACUUAAUUGUCACACCUCGUAUGGUAACUUUCGAGAUUUGAUGGUGGUGAGUACCUCUCGGCUCCUCUUCAUUUUUUUGAGUACCUCGUAAUUUGUGAUUCGGUGAAUCAACGGGAUCUUAAGUAUUCUCCGAUAUAGUCACAUUUCAAAUGCUUCUAAUCUUCUGUACAUAAAUAUCUUCUUUUAAGGUCUACUAAUUACCACCAUAAAAAAUCGCAGCAUUCUUACUUUUAUACCAAAAGAGAGGUUGUGGCUCUUGAUACGCCUCCAUCCGGUUGAAGGUGGAUCUAGCUUUUCCGAUGCGCGCUCUUAUUUCCUGGUUUUUGGUUCAUUCUUCAUUUAUUAUGGUGCCGAAUCUUGCUAAUUACCAUGAGCUUUGUCUUCUUUACGUUUAUAUUGAGUCCAUAUUGUUGACUAUAAUAUGUGAUUUUGUUCAUACGGACUUGUAGGUAUUCAAGGUUGUCCGAUGGUGGUACAUGAUAUAAAUUUAAAACCAAAAAAACUACACAAAGUAUUCCAAUUUGUAUUUUAUUGAUAUAUAGAGAAUUUUAAUUGGAAAAAGUCCAAUUUUUUCAACAAGUAAUAUAGCCCUAAGAGUUUCUACGCGGAUUUUCUAAGCGAAGCCAAAUUCCAAAAUAUAUUAAAAAUUUUAGCUACUUUUUUCUUACCCAUCUUAUCUCAAAUCUUACCUCUUUUUGAUUAAAAAAAGUACUUUUUGCACUGUGCUAAAAAUAAAAAGUUUUUAUGUUCAAAAAAUUAAUCCCCGUAAAAUGCUGGUGUGAUUUAUAAAGAAAUAAUUAAGCAUAUAAUUCAUAUCUUGUUCAUUGCCCUCGACAGUCAGGUGUAAUAGAUGUUCGCUUAGAAAAAGCAUUAUAACAGAGCAUUUUGAAUCUUUUGGAGGUUGGUUAAGUAUAGUGUAAUAUAAUGGCUAAAAACAGUUUAAAAUUAGAUUGUACUUAGGAUGGAUCAAUUCAAGGAUAAUUUUUUCAAAAAUCGAUGUCGCUAGUCAUCUGCUGAUGAUUGAAUACACCAAUUGUUGUGAAGUUUCGUAGCGCAAAUUUUAAAAGGACCCGUUUUAGCGUCAAUAAAACACGGCAUUAAUCCGUUUGGAUAGUACGUAAUACAAUACUAACUAAUCCUUGGCAGUAUUCAGAUACGUCAUAAAAUGAAUGUCGAAAUUCUUCUUGGUUUGCCGGUUGAAGGAUUUCGGAACCUUUAGGAAUCAUUGGGCUGGCAAGUCUUCUUCUUGGACGCAUAAUUGCUGCGAUCAGAUGAUGUUCGAAACAGAAUGGACACUUUUCCUAUAUUCUUGAGCUACCUACUAUGCUACUUCUAAAACCGAAUAUGUAAUUCAGACAUCUGCAAUUAUGUGCUCCUCUGGAUUUAAAUGAUUAUAAUAACAAUCAAAAAUCGACUUGUUUACAACUUUUUGAUACAUAUCCUGUUACAUAUUUUUGGUUAUUUAGAUAUUUAUUCGUGAUAUCAAAUUAUAUUUUUCGCCAGUAAUAAUGUGAAUGCAUUGAAUAUCUCUUCCGUAGUAGAAUGAGACGUUAUUGUUUUUAUUAAGGAGCGAAAUCGACCCCAUGAUAUUAAGAAUAUGGCUAAACUGUUGUUUAAUAAUACAUUGGUACACAAACAUAAUAUAAAUGUAUUUAUAUUUAUCCAUUUUCACAGUACAUUACAAAUUAUAGUAUUUGAUCAAUACCAUAAUAUAUACAAUAUACAAUAAGAAGAGAACUGAUUGACAAGCUAUUCAUCAAAUAAUAAUAAUAUUGAUCUUUAUUAUUUUGAUCUUUAUUAACCCGCAGAUUAUAGUUGGUGUUUGUACACUACAUAGGGUGUUUCAUUAAGAAUUGUCUAUUAAGUAACUGUAGAAAACUUUGCACAAAAUAAGAAGAUUUUACCUAAAACACUUAUAUAUAAAAUGUGUCUCUUUACUGAGUUACAGGGUGUUUUAUUUAAAAAUUUAAAAACUAUUUGUACCCAUUUGUACCCAACUAUUAAAACCAUUUGACAUAUCCUUAUCAUACUUGGCAGGAAGUGUAGGUACUGUACACCCUACUAAGUUAUGUUAAACAAACGUUUAACAUAUAUUAAAAUUGUUCUUUUAUUUAGAUUAUGACCAAAUAGUUGUUUUUAGAGCCACCAUUUGUUUUUAAAUAUUGAAUGCAUCUAUUCGUUUUAAGAAAUUUUAAUAAAUAACAUUAUAUUUUUUGUUAGUAGCGAUUAAAAAUUCAUUUGCGUACUAAAAUGCAAUCUUCUGAUCCAAAAACACCGACAUUAUUAUUACCUACACUCUACACUGAUCAAAAUAACUGUGUCGCUUCAUUUUUAACUUAAAAUAUCUCGAAAAAUGAUGACUUUAUCGUUACGAAUGGAGAGUAUAUUAUUUACAUAGAAAGUAUUGGAAAAUCGACAAAUUGCACUAAAAUAGAAAUUCUAUCAGUGGCAUAGAAUUUGGGAAGAGUCAACCAUUCACUUUCCCCCUUCGUAUGCAUCUGGUAGUAGCCAGAAACGUGAAUUUAAAAUAAUUUAGGAUGUACAGUUCCUUCACUUCUUGCCAAGUAUGACAAGGAUAUGUUACAUGGUUUUAGAGUUUUAAAGUACUGGAUACAAAUAGUUUUUAAAUUUUUAAAUAAAACGCCCUGUAUUCAGUAGAGCCACAUUAUAUACAUUUAAGUGUUUUAGGUUAAAGCCUCGUAUUUUGUGCUAAGGUCACUUAAUGAAACACUCUGUAUAGGUAAAUAAAAACAAAAACGUACUUCCAUUCGAGUAUGAAUGUUAAUUGAAAUGUAAACAGGUAAGCACUCAAGUCAGUCACAAUUAUUUCUAAUGAAUUAAACAUUUGUCCUGAAAUGGUUGUACAAAAUUCGAUUUACAAACAGUCUACUUGAUAUUUUCUCUAAUAGCAAUUCGAAAACUCUCCAAAGAUUUAAUGAUUACGGACAAAGCAGUUAGACCAAAAUCAAAACUUAUAAUAAAGCUUAAUACAGGGUGUUUCUAAAUAAAUAUGACAAACUUUAAUAGAUAAUUCUAUAUGAAAAAAUAAUGACAGUUUGCUCUAUAAACGUAUGUCCACAAAUGCUUCCUUUCCAAUAUACAGGGUGUUGAAAUUUUUCUUACAAACUGAUAAUUUACUUAUUGAUCUAAAACCGGUUGAGAUAUGCAAAUGAAAUUUGGCAGUUAGAUAGAGGUAGAGGUAGUAGGUACAUACAUUUUACUUGAGACCGUUCACAUACUAACGCGCGUUUUAAUGACCUAAAACGGGCGUUAGCAUGCGAACGGUCUCGAGUAAAAUGUAUGCAGUUGUAAUAGCGCGUUAUCAAAACGCGCGUUAAGCGCCUGUCAUGUGAACGGGCUCUAUGUCUCUGUAGAUUCAUACAACCUAUGUCGAAUACUUUGUAAGCGUUAAGAUAUUUUAUUUUUUGCAUGAAAACGGUGAAUUGUAUGAAAAAAAGGGAAGAUACAUUUUUUGGUCACAAAUUGAACGAGGAAUUCAAAAAUGAUUUCUAAUUUAAAAUAUAUGUUGCCGUACUAUUUUUUUUUUCUUUAAAAAAUUUCAGCCCAUUACCCAUAUGCGCGCCAAUGGUGAAUACAAAAUUCUUAAUUAUAUGUCAAAAAAUGCACAAUAACUACCUCUUUCUAACUGCCAAAUUUCAUUUGCAUGUCUCCAUCGGUUUUAGAACAAUAAAUAAAUCAUCAGUUUUUAAGAAAAAUUUCAACACCCCGUAUCUCAGAAACGAAGCAUUUGCGGACAUAUGUCUAUAGAGUAAACUAUCAUUAUUUUUUCAUGUAGAACUACCCCUUAAAGUUUGUCAUACUUAUUUAGAAACACCCUGUAUUAUGUAUAUAUUUUUUGUAAUAGAUUCAGAUAUCUCAUACAUCAUUUUGUAACAAUUACAUCACAUCGUAGUUGAAAUUGAGUUCAAGUGUAUCACAUAACUUAUAAUAAGUAGUGUAUUCGUACUUUAAACUAAUAUAGAUACUUAUAAAAAUAAACCAAAAAUAUUAAAAUUUAGUUUUUAAUAAUAUAAACCUCCAACUAAUACUUAAUCGUUCCUUAUUGCUUAGGUUUAAAGCUCUCUUUAAUAAUAAUGCAUUAAAGGUUACUUUUGCUAAAUAUAUUAUUAAACAAUAGCGUUUCUCCAAUGGGCAAUUUUUUGUCUAAAUAACAAGUUUUUCAACUGUUGUUGGUGUUUAUAUUAUAUACCGUUGUAGUUUAUACACAUUCAUUUUACCAUUAUAUAUUUUAUAUGUUUGUAUUACCUGAAUUUGUAUUGUACUAUUUACAAUUAUUAAAUUAUUGUAUUAAAUUCA